AUGCUCCCCUACAUGCUCGAAGAGCGCAUGCACCAGCCUCCCCAGCAGACCCAACGACUCACUUCCAUCUCGCUGGCUCUGCACGGAAUAGUAUCCGCAUUCAGCGGUCCGAUCCUCGGCCACUUGGCCGAUCAAACGCCCAGUCGUAAGAUUCCAUUCCUCAUCACCCUGCUCGGAUGCAUCAUCGGCACGUUGAUGGUCGCUUUUGCGACCAGCCUGGGCGUAUUCUUCGCAGGUCGAGUGCUGCAGGGCAUUUCGGGGUCCGGGACAUGGCUCAUUGGACUGGCGACGGUGACGGAUUGUGUCGGGACAGAGAGAAUCGGGGUCACCCUGGGCGUGAUGACGGCGGUUGCUAAUUCUGGGACGAUUACCGGACCGAUGGUCUCGGGGUUUAUAUUGGAGUUAGCUGGUUAUUGGUUUACUUGGAGUGUACCUGUGGUGAUUCUGGUGGUGGAUAUAGUGGCGCGGAUGUUGAUGGUCGAGAACAAAAAGGAGCAGAAGAUGCCCGUGCCAACGAAAUCCGAUUCCACCACACCGAGUUCAAGUGCACACGAGACCGAACCAUUGCUGCAGAACUCCUCGACUCCUGCAGCGGAUGCAGAGCAAUCAAAAGAUGGCGCGAUUUCUCCGUCCGCAAAUGUGUGGCGCAUCAUGCUGGGCAAGAGCCGCGUGUUGACGGCAUUGCUCAUCACCGUCUGGGCUCCAGCCUUGGCCACCAGCUUCAACGCGACUUUGCCUCUUCAUGUAUCCGACAUUUUUGGCUGGAGCCCUUCGCGUGUGGGUUUGAUGUUCAUGCUCUUGUCCCUGCCGAGUCUACCCAUCAGUCCUCUUGCUGGACAUCUUCGAGACCGAGUUGGCACCCGUCUGCCUGCUGCUUUCGGCCUGGUAUCCCAGAGCGUGGUCCUGGCUUUGUUGGGGUUUGCUGGAAAUCCAGCGUAUCAGUGGUCGAGCGCCGGCGAGCGUGGCAAGGCACUGUACGUCUUUUGCUGCGUCGUCUUUGGUUUCCUUCGUCCCUUGACUUCAGGAGUUGCUCCAAUGGAAUUGACUCUGGCCGUGGAAGUCGAAGAAGCGAAACAUCCAGGCGUCUUUGGUCCCCAAGGAGGCUUUUCCAGAGCCUUCUCCUUGAUUGAAGUCGCCGUCGCACUUGGCUUGACCCUCGGUCCCGUGAUAUCCGGCGCCUUGACGGAGCGAUUUGACUAUUAUGUCAUGUGCUGGACUUUAAGCGUUCUCUGUGUACUUACGGCUGUGCUGGCUGGCACGUUUCUUGGUUCAAAAACUAUGACCAGUGAACAGAGUCGACCAGAGGUGGAAGCUGGGAAUCAACAUUGA